UUCUUCUAGGAAAAAUCAGUAUUGGAGAGCUAGAUCAAUAUUGCACUAUGCUCUGACCUUAUGGGCAUUCCUCUGAGCUCAUCCAGCUGCCAAAGGUGGUUUUUUCUUAUGCAUGUUUAUUCGUGUGGAUGGGGAAUGCUAUUGCGAUGCGUUUCGUGCAGCCAGCCUCAGAGAAAUCAAGGCUGGGAUGUCUCUGAAGAAGCUUUAACCAGAGGCAAAGCAAGAUCCUCUCUGCGAUCACCGCAUCCUAAUGAACUAAUGGCUUUCAAACUGGUUUUUCCCCACUAGCACUGUGUGGGGAGGUGCAGCCUCCCUGCCAGCUCCGCACCAGCCCUGCUGCCACACGCAGGCUUUAUGUGGUUCUGUUGUUCUUGGCACCGGCGGGGUUUUUCCUCCUCUUCUGGGCACAGCACUGGGUGACCUUAGCCAUUGUCAGCAAGGGGACUCCAUAUGAUGAAAGCAGGUGAAAGGGAAAAUAAGGGCGGGAAUUAGGUAAGGCCGAUUCAUUCCUCCAAGGAGGUGUGGUCCUGCCCUGUACCUGCCUGUGGUCACAGGCUUGUGAAAUAUAAAAGGGGAAGGCAGUUGUUUCUGAAGCAAUCCGUUGCCAGGAUCCCGUGGCGAGAAUGAAGGGAGGUGCUAGGAGAAAUGCAGAGCAAGAGGUCUAAGGAGCCAGCCGCAAAGCAGGCUGGCCUGGGAGGAGAAAGAAGCUGUCAUGUCCCAAGGAGGAGCAGGGGAACGCAAAGCUGCCAAGCCCCAGGACCAGGGCUGGGCAUGGAUGGUGCUGCUGGCUGCGGUGGUGCUGCAGGGGAUGACGCUGGGCUUCCCCCCCUGCAUUGGCAUCUUCUUCACGGACCUGCAGCGAGACUUCCAGGCCAGCAACAGUGAGACAUCGUGGUUCCCAUCCAUCAUGGUGGCCGUGCUGCACGGAGGCGGGCCCCUCUGCAGCCUCCUGGUGAAGCGCUUUGGCUGCAGGUUCACGGUGAUGCUGGGGGGCCUGCUCAGCGGCGUGGGCAUGGUGUCCAGCUCCUUCUGCAGGUCCAUCAGCCAGCUCUACAUCACCGCUGGCUUCAUCACGGGCCUGGGGUCGUGUUUCAGCUUCCAGGCAGGAGUGACUGCACUGGGAUAUUACUUUGUACGGUGGCGAACACUGGCCAAUGCCAUGGCAUCCACUGGCGUCUCUCUGGGUUUCACUCUGUGGCCACUGCUUUCUCAAUACCUGCUGGAUGAGAUGGGCUGGAGAAACACUUUCCUUAUCUUUGGAGGAAUACUAUUGAACUGCUGUGUCUGCGGAGCCAUCAUGAGACCAGUUCAGCUCACUUCAGGGUCACUACUACAGUUGCCCCAGCCUGGAGAGGAGCUGAGGAGAAGAGCAGAAGAGACACAGCUGUCCAAUGGAGCAUCUUCUCCCCACCACGAGCUCCAGAAGCAAAGCAGAAGGACUGCAUGCUUCCGUGUGCUGCAGAAGUACCUGGCUUUUGACAUCUUCUGUCAAAACAAAGGUUACCAGAUUUACACUAUUGGCGUGACCUGGAUGAUGAUGGGGUUUGCGUUACCCCACAUCUACCUUGUGCCUUACGCCAUCCAGAAUGGGGUGGAGGAGCGCAGGGCAGCCCUCCUCAUCUCUGUCAUUGGGUUCAUCAACAUCUUCAUACGGCCCUUCACGGGGCUGCUCUCGGGACACAGACUCUUCUCAGGGAGACGAAUCUACCUGUUCAGCCUGGCCGUGCUCCUCUGCGGGCUGAGCAACUUCAUCUGCGUGGUCUCGGCUGAGUUCAGCGUGCUCAUCGUCUACUGCGUCAUCCUCAGCAUAGCCAUGAGCGGCAUCGGGGCACUCACCUUCCAGGUGCUGAUGGACGUGGUGGAGAUGGACCGGUUCUCGAGCGCUCUGGGGCUCUUCACCAUCCUGGAGAGCAUCACGCUCCUCAUCGGACCCCCUCUCACAGGUCUCCUGGUAGAUGUAACUAAUGACUUCCACUACGUCUUCUACAACUCCAGCUUCUUCCUCAUCUCGGCUGCGUUGUUCAUGGCACUCACCUUCUGUGCUCUGGAGAAGAAAGCCAAAUUGAAAGAGGCCUCCAAAGCCCCGGGGGAUAAUCCUUCCAGGUAUCAGUACAGUGAAAUGCCAACUGAAUCACAGCCUGAGAGUCAGCCCCCUCCAGCAGUCGUGUACAUCACAAGCAUAUGAAAAGCAAGAGGACAAAUAAAGAGGAACACAAAGGAUUAUGUGGCCUGUACAAAGCUCCACACGGCCCAGCGCUGAUGGCAGAUGAGAAAACAAGUGGCUGCUUUCCACAACUGCCAUCCCCCUUCUCUAUGGGGCCGUGUCAGACUCCAAGUGAGUGCUCUGGACCACGGGCUGAGCCCAGAACCCAGCGCCAGCCAAAGAGAUGAAGGACAAAGAGAACUGUGCUUCCCCAAAGCAAACCCUGGGAUAACAGCCAUGGUAACCAGCGCCGAGAUACAAAAGCCGUGUCAGUUCAAUUGGUGUAAGUCAGUGCCUUUAAGUCACUGGAAUCUCACAUGCACAUUCCAGUGGGUAACACUGGAUAAUACGCAUUGAUGGCUAUGCACAACGGUCAUUCUUCCACAAAGAAGUAUUAUUGCCUCAUCCGAACACAUGAUGUGGUGCAGAAUAUAGAGUUUCCUGGUUGCUUCCCAUGUUGUGGGUGGCAGCUUCCCCAGGAAGGCUGUUGCUGUUUUCCACAUCUCUAAAUAUUACAUGGAAGCUGCUGCAGAACUCAGCCAAGCCUCUAGUAAGGGCAAAUAUUUUCUCCUACAAGGCGCAUACACAAGGGCUUCAUGCCAAGGAUGUUUCCAAAGCCUUCAAGGUUCAGCUCCAGAGCAUCCAAAAGAAACAACCCAACCAACCUUAGAGCGCCUGCUCUGUGUAACCAGUGACAUCUCGAGUGCUUCUUGAUAUACCAGAAACAGGAUUUGGGGCUGGUGUGUAUACACUUCUUUUCAGGGUGAACUGGGACCCAUUGCAGGGGGGGAGUGGUAGCAAAGGUGUCACUAGAACAAGUGUAUGCAUCCUUAGAGAGGGACAGAUUCAAAGCCACUGCAGUAAGUGAAUUUGUAGUGCACAAAGCCUUUGUGUAAAUGAAUUUAGCUUAGACUCAUGACACCAGCAUUCUCUAUAUUACAGAGUGCUUGCACAAGCGUAACUACAUUUCUUGUAAGCACAAGCAUAACUUACAAAGGAAUCUGUUGGUAAAAGUAUAUUGGGAAAAGUCAAUGUCACUGACUUCCAUACCCAUACAGCAUUGACUGUAAUAGCUCUUCUUGCUGCACUGCUGGGAAUUAUAACCGAGAGCUGCAUCAGCCUCUAACCUCCCUCAGCACCAGCUUGGGUUGCACAAUGUUUAUAUUCUCUAUCAUUCCUUAUCUGACAGGAACAGAUAAUACAAUCACAAAAUUGAUUAGGUUGGAAAAGACCUUUAAGAUCAUUUGAGUCCAACUGUUAACCCAGCGCUGCCCAGUCCACCACUAAACCACAUCUCUCAGUGCCACAGCUUUCAAAUCCCUCCAGGGAUGGUGGCUCCAUCGCUGCCCUGGCAGCCUGUUCCAAUGCUUAACAACCCUUUCCAACCUAAACCUCCCCUGGAGCAACUUGAGGCCAUUUCCUCUUGUCCCAUCCCUUGUUCCUUGGGAGCAGAGCCCAGCCCCUCCUGGCUCCAUCCUCCUGUCAGGCACUUGUAGGGAGCCAUCAGGUCCCUCCUGAGCCUUCUCUUCUCCACACUGAACCCCCCAGGUCCCUCAGCCCUUCCCCAUCACACUUGUGCUCCAGGCCCUGCACCAGCUCCAUUCCCUUCUCUGGCCCCGCUCCAGCACCUCAAUGUCUCUCUUGCAGUGAGGGGCCCAGAGCUGAACACAGGAUUGGAGGUGCAGCUUCACCAGUGCCCAGUGCAGGGGCACAAUCCCUGCCCUGCUCCUGCUGCCACACUGCUGCUGGUACAGGCCAGGGGGCUUCUUGGCUGCCUGUGCACACACUGCUCAUACAGCUCACAAAGCACUGCGGAUGAAGACUGCUCAACACAUCAGAACCAGCAGAGAGACAGAAGUGUAACACAGGGGUGAGAUGGAAGAGGUAUCAGCCCUUCAGAGGGGUCACUGCUCCCACCGCUCAGCAUCCUCUUCAGUGCCGCUCUGGGAUUACUGAACCAGCAGGCUUUGCACUUCCUGAUCAAACAUAUACUUACAUAAAACAACCAGUGGGAGACCAUACACAUCUAAUCUCUUGUCACAUGUGUUUAUUAACUUGUGUAAUGCUUACAUGGUCCGUAAGUGCAAAGCAAAGAGCGACUGGUGCUUCUCAGCUUACGGAAACAAUACCUGCUGUACAUUCCUAGGAUAAAGACAGGGCUUUCUUCCUUCCUCCCCAAAAGAGCAAUGACAAGGGUGAAGUCCCAAACCUUUCCUGGCUAUUGCAAAUAAAAGAGCCACGCUGCUGAACAGA